AUGAUGCGACGAAUUCGCAUCACUAGAGGCUAUUCAAAUGCGGCGGCAAAGCCAAACGUAACAAUUCAACCGGCGAUUCAACGAAAACCCACAGAUUUAUUAAAAGCGCUGUCGGAGACUGUCGGCGUCGACACAACAGCGCCCCAUUUCGCGUUCAUCGAUGAUCCGAUCACGAUUCCAUCGACGCAAAACGCCAAAAAAACGUAUUUUAUGGCGAAAGAGCUCGGCAAACGGGCGGCGCGUCAAUUGGCCGAAGAAUGGCCGACACUGUUCGCGUUCGACAGAGAUCAACCAAGACUUCCAGUAUUCCGACCCGAAAAGCUCGCCGAUCCGUUGCAGAUCGAGCCGACGGAGAAGAAUCUUCUCGAAAUUAUAAAAUCGCGUCAAGUGCAAGACGCGUGCACGCUCUAUGAGCGAAUGCGUUCGGAGAACAUCGACGUCAGCGAUUCGACGCAACUCGAGCUUUUCCGCCUCGUCGCCUACUAUAAUUCGAGAAACGCGCCGUUCGCCGAAUGGCACGAAUGGCACGGAAUGCGCAAUUUCGCCGAAGACGAAACGCAUUCAUGGCAGUCGGCAAGUGUCGCCGAUUUGCUGUUCGAGACCCUGCCGAAAACCGAUGAGACGGUCUCGAUAAUGAUCGCCGCAUUGUGCAAGUUCGCCAAUUCGGAAAGUGUCGAGCGAGCUCGCCAAUUGUACAAAGAGAAUUCGACGCUCAAAAUUCGACGAGAAGCCUACAACCUUUUGAUAUCCACGUCGAACUUCAAAAUCGCCAGCAAUUUGUGUGCGGAAAUGUCGAAAAAUGGGAUGAAGCCCGAUGUUAGCACAUUCGAUUCCCUUCUAAUUGCAGCUAAUAAGAUUGAAAAAUUCGAGGAUCGCGUCGACGCUUUCACAAAGAUUUUGUCGGAAAUGUCGCACUUGAAAAUUCGGCCAGCGCUUUCAACGUAUCACAAGAUUCUGAAGGGUCUCGACGACAAAUCGAAGAACAAGGAGAAGGAGAUGAGGCAUUUGACACUGGCGAUUUCGUGGGUUUCGCAAAUUCUCGACGAACUCUCGCAAACCGGCGAACCAUUGGAGCCGUCGUCGUCGAGCUGCAAUCUGUUCUUCUAUGAGGCGAUGGGUGUCGCUUAUCGUUGCGCCAACAUCGAGAUCGCCGAAAAAUUGCGGCAUCUCUAUGAGCAUCCGAACAAUCGCGUCAAAAUGCCUGCGUUCACCAUCGAAUCCAACUUCUACAAUCGUUAUUUGCAAUUAUACAUUGAGCAGACGGCGUCGAUCGAGCAGAUUUACACGAAAUACAUUGAGUUGGUGCCGAGGCUCGUCGGCGCUUCAGAAUCGCUGUGCAACGCCGUCUAUCAGAAGUUGGCGCGACAGCCGCAUUGGGCGUUGUUGAGGCGGGUGAUCGAGGAUGGCAUCAACGCCGGCCAGAUUGCCGGCAAACUCGGCGGCGAAAUGCGAAAGCAGCUCAUCAAUGUGCAAUAUCAUACGCUGUCGGUGGCGGAACGCGACGAAUUCACGCAGAUUGUGCAGAAAAUGGUCGCGACACUCGUCGAGUUCAGCCAAUUCACCGAUGAGUACACGAAGCGAAUGCAGAGGAAGCUCUCGCCGUCGCAAAUUUCCGACUUGGCGCUUCUACUGACGAGAAUCGGCGAGAUUCCGAAAGCCUAUGAGCUUCUCGACCUUCUUCUCGAUGAGAAUGCAAGCGAGGGCGACGAGGCGACGGUGUUCGCCAAAGGCUAUCCGCGACCGUCGUCAAUGGCGGAAUUGUUCGAAGACGCAUUACGACGAAGGGACGCGUAUGGUGCUUCAACCUGCCUCGAAAUAAUGGCGUUGAAUGGAAAUCGGCGAAGUCUCGAGCCAUUGGCGAAUCGAAUCUUCGAGCGUUGCUCUCUAACCGACACCCAAAAGAAGAUCAUCGAAGGGUUUGUGCGCCUUCGACCCGAAUAG